AUGGCAAGAAACAGAAGAGGUAGUAAAAAAAUACAGAUUGUGAAAAUAGAGAACGAUGCCAACCUUCAAGUUACUUUUUCAAAGAGACGACAAAGUCUUUUUAAAAAAGCUAGUGAACUUUGCACCUUAUGUGGUGUAGGAAUGGGAGUUAUUGUGUUCUCACCAGGUCAAAAAGUAUUUUCUUUUGGCAAUCCAGAUAUUAGAUCUGUAAUCGAUAAUUUCAAAAAUCACAACCAUAAUCCUCUUAUACAUGCUGAAGACGGUUUGAACCCAACAAUCCAAAAUCUCAACAGCUUACUCACUCAGGAGUUGACAAACCUUGAAAUGGAGAAAAAAAGGAAGGAAGAGUUGGAUGACAUUCAGAAGAAGAGAGAAGAAACAGAAAAGUGGUGGGAAAAACCUCCGAGUCAACUUGACUUUAGUCAAAACACUUGUCUAAUUAGUGUUCUGGAAAAUCUGAAAAUGCAGUUGGUAAGUCAACCGUCCCAACACUUGCAAGCAAUUGAUCCUCCGAAUUAUUAUGGUGGAAGUUACAACAACAUUGUUGGUGGUGGCAAUGUCGAUAUUUUCGACCAAACAAGAAUGUUCGAUGGGAAUGCGUCCAACUAUAAUCCCAACAUGAUUAUUCCUAAUAAUGAACCCAUUUUCGGAUAUAAUGUUAACAACAAUGUUUCUGAAGCGUUCGGUCCAACAUCCCAUCUGAAUAUGCCUGAGUAGAACCAUGGGCAAUACAAGACCAAGGUCUUAAGGAAGAAGGAAGCUGCAAUAUAAUCCCAAUCAUGAUUUUCAUCACCUUCGACUUGGUUAUUUUGU